AUGUCAAUCGUUUCCAAUACAAUUCCCUCGAUGUUACGGAGAUCCCAAGGUAUAAUCCAAAAGAGGCAUCUGUCUUUUUUCUGGAAACUCUUGAAGAUGGAUGAUCCAACAACCAAGGAAAGUGAACGUACAUUAUACAAAUGGGAUGAAUCUCCUUAUGAAGAUAUCAGAACUCGUGCCGCUUUCAUUAGAGCUAAAGCACUUUGUCCAGUUACUCAUAAACCAGUGAAUUUUGUUUGUCCAUAUUCAGGUAUUCCAACCCAUCAUUCUGAAGAAGCAUGGAAAAAUGAUACUGAAUAUCAUGCCCAAAAAAAAUAUGAAUUAUUGAAACAAGUGAAUCUUUAUGAACAUGAUAUUAGAUCAGGACGUAAAUUUGGAGAAUUUGCUUUCCCAGGUGAACAAGAUAGAGAUUAUCAAGUUAAUCUUUCUAAUUGGGAUACGUUCUUUUAUACUAGAGAUUUUGCUCCUAUGAAUGAUGAAUUUAAUUUGGCAGUUGCUACCAAGGUUCUUACUUAUCCAAUAACAAUUGCAUCCAUCUUGCACAAAUUUUCUCCAUAUAAAGUAGAACCAAAGGGACCACUUACUUUAGAAGGAUUGAAAUCACUUUCUGCAUUAAGAUACACAUUGUACCCACCAUAUACUCAAUUUGUUACUGACACUCCAGCUUAUAGAGAUAGAGCCAUGAGAAUUUUUAUUGUUGGUGCUAGACAAGAAUCUAUGUUACCAGGAUAUGUUUGGAAACAAAUGGGGUAUUUGUUCCCCCAAAUGAAGUUUGAAAUUCAUAUGAUUGGUCCACAAGCUUAUUUUGACAGAGAAACCAGAAGUUUUGGCCCAACUAAUGUACCUCAUGGUCGUGCAUUAGUUGAGAAGGUAGAUCAUCAAAUUUCAUUACAUUAUCAUACUCAAUAUUUCCAUGAAUUAUAUGACACGGGAGAUUUGUUCCCAUUUGAUCCAUAUUUAGAUGUUUUCUUCCUUUUCCAUCCUGGAUUCCAAACUGCUGAUCAAAUUCAUUGGGAUAAAUCUUUGAAAGGAUUCUUGGAAUCUAAAUGUGCACUUUUUGUUUCAGGAUAUCAUAGUGAAGAUAUUCAAAGAGAAAUAGAUUGGUUAAAGAAACAUCCAUUAUAUGAUGAAAUGGAUAUUUUAAUGAAUAAAUGUGAUAAUUUAUUUCCAAGUACUAAAUUAGAUAUUGUUGAUGUUAAUCCAACUGAAGUUAUUAAUGCCAAUAAUCAACUCUUUGCCUUUAGAGGUAAGAGAUACCAUGCAAUUAAAGUUUAG